AUGCUGGCCUUGGUUUUGGCAAUGUCAAAAUGUAGGUUGUAUCUCGCCGGCCUCCAUAAUUUUACUCUGAAGACGGAUAAUCACCCCCUCAUACCUAUCCUGAAUUAUUAUUCGCUGGAUGCCAUCGAGAAUCCUCGCCUCCAGCGUCUGAAGGAGAAAAUCUCGCUCUAUUUGUUCACAGCUGUGUGGCAUGCUGGCAAGUCUCUAAACAUUCCUGAUGCUUUGUCUCGAGCCCCAGUUAGCCACCCCACACCAGAGGAUGAAAUUGCAGGAUUCCCCUCCAACAAAUGUGAUCUGCUUAACUCCUUACUCCCAUACUGGAAGAUACGGGAUGAGCUCUACGCUGAUGGUGACCUCGUUUUGUAUGGAGCAAGAGUUAUAGUUCCUGCCACCCUCCGCUGCCGCACAUUAUCCCGCCUACAUAACAGUCAUAGGGGCAUGGAAGCUACGAAGAGCCGGGUAAGACAGGCUGUCUUCUGGCCUGGUAUCAACUCAGACAUUGUCAACACAAUUGAGGCUUGUGAGUCAUGCCAGGUAUUGCAGCCAACCCAGCAGCAGAAACCAUUAAUGAACGACAACAACCCCACAAGGCCCUUUGAAUCUGUUUCAGCAGACUUCUUUACCAUUGCAGGAAAAGCCUUCCUCCUCAUAGCUGACCGACUUUCAGGAUGGCCUGUUGUUGUCCCAUGCAAAGGUGAUACUGCUGCCUCCAAUACAAUCAGGAUCUUCUGCCGCUACUUCCAGGAUGUUGGUGUGCCCCUCUGCUUUAGGACUGAUGGAGGACCACAGUGA